AAAGGGUGAUGGGAUUAUUUUACUGCAUGCACGGCUGAGCCCGACAUUGUCACCUCCUCUUUGAGGGGUUAGAAGAAGCUGAGAUCUCCCGACAGAGCUGGAAAUGGUGAUGAAUCUUUUUUAAUCAAAGGACAAUUUCUUUUCACUGCACUUUGACUAUGGAAACAGAGGCUAUUGAUGGCUAUAUAACAUGUGACAAUGAGCUUUCACCUGAAAGGGAGCACGCCAGUGUGGCCAUUGACCUUACCUCAAGCACACCCAAUGGACAGCAUGUCUCACCGAGUCACAUGACAAGCACAAAUUCAGUAAAACUAGAAAUGCAGAGUGAUGAAGAGUGUGACAGGAAACCCCUGAGCCGUGAAGACGAUAUCAGGGGCCAUGAUGAGGGGAGCAGCCUAGAAGAACCCCUAAUUGAGAGCAGCGAGGUGGCCGACAACAGGAAAGUCCAGGAGCUUCAAGGCGAGGGAGGAAUCCGGCUUCCGAAUGGUAAACUGAAAUGUGACGUCUGUGGCAUGGUUUGCAUUGGGCCCAAUGUGCUUAUGGUACAUAAAAGGAGUCACACUGGUGAGCGUCCCUUCCACUGUAAUCAGUGUGGAGCUUCUUUUACUCAGAAGGGCAACCUUCUGAGACACAUAAAGUUACACUCUGGAGAGAAGCCGUUCAAAUGCCCUUUCUGUAGCUAUGCCUGUAGAAGAAGGGACGCCCUCACAGGACAUCUCAGGACCCAUUCUGUGGGUAAACCUCACAAGUGCAACUACUGUGGACGAAGCUACAAGCAGCGCAGUUCAUUGGAGGAGCACAAGGAACGCUGCCACAACUAUCUCCAGAAUGUCAGCAUGGAGGCUGCGGGGCAAGUCAUGAGUCACCAUGUACCUCCUCUGGAAGAUUGUAAGGAACAAGAGCCUAUUAUGGACAACAAUAUUUCUCUGGUGCCUUUUGAGAGACCUGCUGUCAUAGAGAAGCUCACAGGGAAUAUGGGAAAACGUAAAAGCUCCACUCCACAAAAGUUUGUGGGGGAAAAGCUCAUGCGAUUCAGCUACCCAGACAUUCACUUUGAUAUGAACUUAACGUAUGAGAAGGAGGCUGAGCUGAUGCAGUCUCAUAUGAUGGACCAAGCCAUCAACAAUGCAAUCACCUACCUUGGAGCUGAGGCCCUUCAUCCUCUGAUGCAGCACCCGCCAAGCACAAUCGCUGAGGUGGCCCCAGUUAUAAGCUCAGCUUAUUCUCAGGUCUAUCAUCCAAAUAGGAUAGAAAGACCCAUUAGCAGGGAAACCGCUGAUAGUCAUGAAAACAACAUGGAUGGCCCUAUCUCUCUCAUCAGACCAAAGAGUCGACCCCAGGAAAGAGAGGCCUCUCCCAGCAAUAGCUGCCUCGAUUCUACUGACUCCGAAAGCAGCCAUGAUGACCACCAGUCCUACCAAGGAAACCCUGCCUUAAAUCCCAAGAGGAAGCAAAGCCCAGCUUACAUGAAGGAGGACGUCAAGGCUUUGGAUACCACCAAGGCCCCUAAGGGCUCUCUGAAGGACAUCUACAAGGUCUUCAAUGGAGAAGGAGAACAGAUAAGGGCCUUCAAGUGUGAGCACUGCCGAGUCCUUUUCCUAGACCAUGUCAUGUACACCAUUCACAUGGGUUGUCAUGGCUACCGGGACCCACUGGAAUGCAACAUCUGUGGCUACAGAAGCCAGGACCGUUACGAGUUUUCAUCACAUAUUGUUCGAGGGGAGCACACAUUCCAUUAGGCCUUUCCAUUCCAAAGGGGACCCCUAUGAAGUAAAGAACUGCACAUGAAGAAAUACUGCACUUACAAAUCCCACCUUCCCUCCAAUGUUGGCAUAUCUUUAUUUUUUAAUAUUAUUACUGUCAUUAAUUAUUAUGUUGUGGACGCAGUGUCAUUUGCUCUGCCUAAUCACAGUAAGGAAGAAACUGAAGAGAGAAGGGACAAGGGAUAGUGUGUCUUGAUAACUUGGCUUGUUAAUAUUGUGAGAAUUCAAGAGCAGUUCUGCCAUGCAUAGA